CGGUAUGCGAUCGACGGUCACACCUUUUCGUCCAAGACACCAAAGUGUGUGCGUGCGUGUUAUUUUCAACGAGAAUUAAUUCAAUAAAUAAAACACAUUUACCACAACCAUACUAUGACUUCGCAUCCUGUUUUUAUUGACCUCUCCUUGGACGAGCAGGUGCAAGAGCUGCGCAAGUAUUUCAAGAAGUUGGGAGCCGAAAUCUCAUCGGAGAAGUCCAACAAAGGCGUGGAGGAUGAUUUGCACAAAAUCAUUGGCGUCUGCGAUGUCUGCUUCAAAGACGGAGAGCCAGCCCAGAUCGAUGGCAUCCUCAAUAGCAUUGUGUCCAUAAUGAUAACGAUACCCCUGGACCGAGGGGAGAACAUUGUUUUGGCCUACUGCGAAAAGAUGACCAAGGCGCCGAACCAGCCGCUGGGCAAGGUGUGCCUGCAAUCGCUGUGGCGUCUGUUCAACAAUCUGGACACGGCCUCACCCUUGCGCUACCAUGUCUACUACCAUCUGGUGCAGGUGGCCAAGCAAUGCGAACAAGUUUUGGAAGUCUUCACAGGCGUGGAUCAGCUAAAGACCCAGUUUGCCAAUUGCCCGCCAUCUUCUGAACAAAUGCAGAAGUUGUAUCGUCUGCUGCAUGAUGUGACCAAGGAUACGAACCUGGAGCUGUCGUCCAAGGUAAUGAUUGAGCUGCUGGGCACCUACACGGCUGACAAUGCCUGUGUGGCACGCGAGGAUGCCAUGAAGUGCAUUGUCACCGCCCUGGCCGAUCCCAAUACAUUCCUGCUGGAUCCGUUGCUGGCGCUGAAGCCUGUGCGCUUCCUGGAGGGCGAUCUCAUCCACGAUUUGCUUUCCAUCUUUGUCUCCGACAAAUUGCCAUCGUACGUUCAGUUCUAUGAGGAUCACAAGGAAUUUGUCAACUCGCAGGGACUCAACCACGAACAGAACAUGAAGAAGAUGCGCCUGCUGACGUUCAUGCAGCUGGCCGAAAGCAAUCCGGAAAUGACCUUCGAAACCCUGACCAAGGAGCUGCAAAUCGCUGAGGAUGAAGUCGAACCCUUUGUCAUCCAGGUGCUCAAGACGAAGCUGGUGCGAGCCCGCUUGGAUCAGGCCAACCGCAAGGUGCACAUUUCAUCGACCAUGCAUCGUACAUUCGGUACACCACAAUGGGAGCAGCUGCGGGACUUGCUGCAGGCCUGGAAGGAGAACCUCAGCUCAGUCCGCGAGGGUCUCACGAAUGUUUCAUCCGCGCAACUGGAUCUGGCCCGCACACAAAAGCUGAUACACUAGGCACCACCCCAACCAUCCGUCAAAUACCUAA